GUCAGCCGCGCGGCAAGGCAACGCGAACACACCCGAAGGUGGCCCGAGCUCACUCUGUCGACGAGUUCGAAAUCCAUACUCCGAACUCACUUGUACUUGGGGAUUUUUUUCGCGUCGACUUUUUUUCCCGCCUCCGCUGCUGACGGCGGCUACUUCGGUGCCAGUUAAGCGGAGUGUGUGAGCGCGCGUGAGAGGUGACGAGACGCAUGCGAGUGGUUGACGCUAUGCUGGGACACGAGUUGUGUUCUCUAUAAGUUCUAAGUAAAGCAGGAACGUAGUGUGGGUCGGUGCUAUACCGCAGCGGCGGGCGUUUCAGCUACGCGAAGGCGGUGUGUAGUAGCCGUGGACUCGAUCUUCACGUAAUUUGUAUUCAAGGCGGAACUUUCUCACGUGGACCGACCGCACAUUGUUCGAUGUUGGGAGGAAACUCGAUCACCGUUUUAGAUGAGCUCGCUCGCCGGGAUCACGGUCUGGCUCGGCGGCAGUGAGAAACGGUUGACAGGUGUUACGCGCAGCACCACCUGCGACGAAAUCAUCUACGCGCUGCUGAAACGCGACGGCGCGCCGCCCGACGUCAACCCGUGCACGUACGGCCUAUUCGAGCAGUGGAGAGACGUCGAGAAGCAUCUGCCGGGCCGCAGCAAGCUUGCGAAGGUAUGGAACGCGUGGAGCGCCGAGCAGAGAAACGUCAAGUUCGUUCUGAAGCGCGUCAGCUCUACCACGUACACGUCGCGGUCUUCCAAGUCUAAGAUGAAGUUCAAGAAGUCGAAGCGCGACGCGCGCGACAAGAAGUCGAGCGGCGACAGUGGCGCCGCCACCGUCUCGUCGGCGCCGACGAAGGAGACGUCGUCGGCGAAACACGCGGCGGCAGCGUACGCGAAUAAGAAACGCGAACACUCGAAGGACAAGAUUAUAAGCGACUGCAUCGCUACUGCAGAGGCGAACUCGCAUCGCAACACCGCGGCCGACGUCGCCGAUCGACAUAAGCGUGGCCGACACUCGAAACCGGCGUCGUCCGCCGACCAGCGGCACGUCCGCGACGACGCCAGAACGACGCUGAACGUCGACGGCGGCCGACGCGCCGAGCGACGUCAGCACGCGGUACGUCGUGACGCAGACGUACCGCCGGCAUAUCGCCAUCCGCCGCCGACGACGACGACGACGAAGUCGCCCGACGGCCGACGACUCGAGAACUUCGUGCAAUUGAUCAUCUCUCAGGACCAGAAGCUGCGCGAUCAGCAGGAGCGACUGCGUCAGAUAGACGUACAGAUCGAGCUGUACGAGACGCGCACGCACAACAGCCGCAUCCAGCAGGACGGCCAGAACUACGUGCAGGACGCCUACAUGAGCGACUACCAGGAGGCGUCGUCGUCGUCCGAUACCGACGUCGUCAGCCUCGGGAACCUGUCGGCGAACGAGCUGCGCGACUACACGCGCGUCUGCGAGAGCGUGCUCGACGUGAAUCGACGCAUCGUGCGCUGCGAGGAGUCCGUUCACGAUCUGUCGGCGCAGAUCCUCGACGAAACGCUGCGCGACGACGCCGACGCUCGCAGCACGGAGAGUCUGCUGAACGCCGAGCUGGCGGCGAUCCGCUGGCGCAUAGAGCAGAACGUCGCCUCGCGGCUCGCGCAGGAGACGCACGGCGACGAGCUGCAGCGACAGUGCGAACAGCACGAGUUCGAGCUGGAGCGCAAGAAACAGUUCUUCGACUACAUGAUGCAGCAGCUGUCGAUGCUAGACAAUGACGAUGCGCGCAACGGCGCUGGCGAUGACGUUGGCGAUGACGUUGACGUUGGCGAUGACGUUGGCGAUGACGCCGGCGACGAGUCGCUGUACGAGAGCGAGUCGAGCUAUCACGACAGCGACUCGCAGUGCGGCGUCUACCGCGUGUCGAAAUACCACGACGGCGUCGACUUGACGAGCGACGAUGACGUCACCAGACCGCCGCCUCCGCCGCCGCCGCCGCCAUCUUUAAUCGGCAGACGAACAGCCGAGGUUCGCGCCGAUCCCGCGUUACCUAUAAAAAAAACAAUGGCGACGGCGGUACCACCCAGAGAGAAGAAGGAGAGCGAGAGGGACGGCGGGAAGGGCACCGGCGGCUGGUCCCAGAAGGAAGCCGACCGCUCUGUGAAGCCGGCAGCGCCGCCGCGGUCGCGUGUCGCGCCUCGGCCGCCGAGUCCGGCGACGUACGAGACAAUCUUCGACGUGUCGGCGAUCGAGAAGCGAGUGUCGUUCGCCGACGACAUCGAGCUGAGAAGCGACGGUUCGCCGUGCGGCUACGGUCACGGCAAGUUCUACGACAACGACAGCAACUCGGACGACACGGGCUUGAGCUCGCUACACAGUAGCGAAGAGCUCGGUUACAUACUGGAAACAUUAGUGUGACUGCGCGGCAAUGAAGCUGGACUACUCGAGUAAUUCAUGUAUAUGUGUAUGUAUGUGUACACACACGCGCGCGCGCGCGCACACACACACAUACUCACACACGCGCGCG